AUGUACGGUGUAUCUUACACAUACUUAUUGGCUUGGCAAGUGUCGGAUGUCGACUUUUGGAACAUGACCCUGAUGCUGUUCACCCAUGUGGUACUCGGCGUGUAUCGUACGGAUCCCUGGUCCCCGUCCCUGCGCCCAGAGUGUAGGUACCAGAUGGGUCGUAUCUUACACAUCCCCGUCCUGGUUAAUGUUUCCAUACCAGGCUUUUUCGGGUAA